AUGCCCCAUUACAUGAUGAUAAAGUUGCAUUACAGCGGUAAAUAUACCUUGUUGAUCUUUCCACCUGUGAAAUUUGCAAAUCUUUUCAGUGAUAUUGUGAGAACAUUGGAAGAACGGUGUAUGGAUAUCGAAAAAGAAACACAUCUGAAGCCACUUACGUCUAAGAUCAUUGAUAACACGUGUAGGCUUGAUGGCAUCAACAGUGCAACACAGGGCCUGCUCCCCGGGGCCACAGAUCCUGUCACAGGGGGUGCCGGGGGUCUCAAGGGGCCGGGGACAGCGGGGACAGAGGGGACAGCAGCGACAGCAGCCGCCACCUCAGCCGGGGCCGUCUCCACAACUCGCCCCGAGGGCCUCGGAACGCCGCCGAACUCGGAGCUCCAGCGUGAAGCCUUUUUAACCUCGCCGUUGUGCUCACGGCUAGAACUAGAGCGUUUCCUCCGGCGUGUGUUUGCUGUCGGUGCCGGAUCGGCCCUCACCCCGAGCUCUCCCUUUCGGGAGGGCUUUGGGGUUGGGGUUUCCCUCACGCCGCCGCCGCGGGCAGGCCCCGCACGCAAGAUGUCCGCGCUGGGGAGCAGCAUCUCGCCCGCGGCGAGAGCCCGAGGGCGCGACAUGAAAAAGCCCCGACAUGCGGGCGAGGCGGCGGGGACACGGCUCCGAGGGGGCCGCCGCUUCGCCCCGCCGUCCUCCUCCCCUCCCGGGCCGCCCCGCCGAGCCCCGUGCGCCUCAGCUCAGCCCCGCGGCGCCCUGCCCAGCCGGGGCGUGCCGCCUCAGCGCCCGCCCUCCCGGUCUUUUCCCUUCUCCGUUCCCUUCUCUUCUCCCAUCCCUUUCCCUUCCCGCGCCUCCCGGCCCGGCCGGGCAGGGUUCGCCCCUCGGAGCGGCAGUGGCCAUGGCAACGGGGUGGAGAGGGCGGCACGGGGCUCGGCGGAGGCCGGGACCCCCGAGGGCAGUCCAGGACCCCCGAGGGGAGCCCACUCCGUGGCCAGCCGGCAACAACGGCAUGGCAGUCGUGGGAAGGGGAUGGAAAAGGGGAGCCAGCCCGCCCGCAGAGGAAGCAACGCCGGGUCCCCGCGCCGGCAGGAGGAGGAGGGAAAGGGAGGAGGCGGGAGCGGGGACUGCAGGCUAGGCACCGCCGGGCAGGGGCCGGUCCCGCCGGCCCAGGGGGUGGUGGGGGCGGAGGUGGCGGCGGCGGCAGCGGGGCUGAUUCCCCCCGCCGAGCGCUGGGGGCGGCGCCCUGCCCCGCCCGGGGGUCCCACCCCCUCCGGCUGCCCGCCAGCCGGGAGGGCAGCGGCCGAGCGCACCCGGUGGGCUGGGCAGGGCUGGGCCGGGCCGGGCCGGCUGCUCCCGCCGGCCGCUUCCCUUCCCCUUCCUUUUUCUCUUCCCGGGGCCGGCCCCUCCUCCCGGCCCAUUGAUUUGCGGGCAGGGAGCCGCACGCGGCGCUGCCGGGCUGUGCCAGGCCGCCGCCAGGCCCGCCGCUUCCCCCCCGCCGCCACCACCAACCCCCCGGCCCGGCCCCAUUACCUGGCUCGGCCCCGCUUGACUCGGCGCUGCCGGGUCCCCCUCGCCGCAGCCCCCGCCUCAGCCCGGCCCGCUCCGCCUCCUGCGGCCAUAAACCGCUGGCCCGGCCCCCGGGCCCGCCCACACGGAGGCGGCCGGGAAGGCGCCGUUGGCUCGGGGUAA